GUUCUUCUGGCAGUCUAUGGUACAUGGUAUAGUCAGUAUUAGAGGGUCAUAACUUUUCUAGUAGAAGGCAAGGAAUGGAAACGUGAAUAAAUAAUAUUUUAAUGUUAAGAACUUAGGCAGUUUUGGUAAAGACCUUACUUGAUCUUUUUAAAAGGCAAAAUGUCCAUUUUUACCCUUUAAAAGAAAUGACUGGUGAUCCAGCUUUUUAGAUUGUUACCUAAUUAUUUAGUCUUAACAUUACUACUAAAAUGCAACCAUCUGAAAUUACAGGCUUUUUGUAUAGAAGGGCAAAUCUUAAUUUUGAGGUUCAUUUAACUUUUUUAUACUUUCUGGUUUCAGUAAUUCGCCAAAAUGACGAACACAAAGGGAAAGAGAAGGGGCACUCGCUAUAUGUUCUCUAGGCCUUUUAGAAAGCAUGGAGUUGUUCCUUUGGCCACAUACAUGCGAAUGUACAAGAAAGGUGAUAUUGUAGACAUCAAGGGAACAGGCACUGUUCAAAAAGGAAUGCCCCACAAGUGUUACCAUGGCAAAACUGGAAGAGUCUACAAUGUUACCCAGCAUGCUGUUGGCAUUGUUGUGAACAAACAAGUUAAGGGCAAGAUUUUUGCCAAGAGAAUUAAUGUGCGUGUCGAGCACAUUAAGCACUCGAAGAGCAGAGAUAGCUUCCUGAAACGUGUGAAGGAAAAUGAUCAGAAAAAGAAGGAAGCCAAAGAGAAAGGUACCUGGGUUCAGCUGAAGCGCCAGCCUGCUCCACCCCGAGAAGCACACUUUGUGAGAACCAAUGGAAAGGAGCCUGAGCUGCUGGAACCUAUUCCCUAUGAGUUCAUGGCAUAACAGGUGUAAAAUAAAGACAUCUGCUGUGUAAAAAU